AUGGCACUGCAACUAGCUGACCAUUCAUGCAGGUACCCGAUGGGAAUAGUGGAGGAUGUGCCAGUUGAAGUAGGUGGAUGCAUAGUUCCUACAGACUUCAUUAUCUUGGACAUGGAGGAAGAUCCCAAGAUACCGAUCAUCCUUGGAAGACCAUUCCUUGCCACGGUUGGGGCCAUCAUCAAUGUAAAAAGCCAUAAGUUAUCCUUGGAGAUCGGCAAGGGAAAGAUUGGAUUUGAUUUAUCCAAUUCCUCCAUAUGCAACCCCUCUUCUCAGGGAAAUUCUCACAAAAUCAGCACAUACGAAGAAGGGGAGUACAGUUUCCAUGAGAGUUCCCCUCCAGCAAGCAGUAAGAAAUACAUCUGUCCUGCACGAGCGAAAUUGAAGGCGCAAGCUGGAGCAUCAACCCUAGAAGGAGAGCCGCCCGCCAACGGGUUCAGCCCACUCUGA